AUGAUUGAUUUUGCUCAUGCCACACCUCAUUGCAAGCCACGCUGUCGGGCUUCCUUGCGCGUUCGCACGGCUCGUGUGUUUGCCUGUUUGUCUCGUCACUUUUCUCCUACUGUCUGUCGCCUCGUGUCCUCGUGUCCUCGUGUCAUCGUGUCCCGACAGCAUGGCGCUGGCGAGCCGGCAGUUCUCUCCAUCUGCAGCACCAGCUGCCGAACCGACGCCUCCGCCAGCUCGGCUGACCAGCCGCCCGCCUGGCCGGCCAGUCCGGCUCGGCUGAGCGCGUGUGCGGCCGACUGCCGGCAGCCACGUCUCGGCUUGAUGCGAACCGAUCGAUACCGCCUGCGUCCGCUCGGCGCCAUCGCGUAUGCUGCGGCUGCGGCCGCCGCCGCCGCUGCGAAUGCCUCUGUCUCUGUCGCUGUCGCUGUGCUGGCUGGUGUCACGGCGAAACGGCUCACCGCGCCGCCGUCUGCGCCGUCUGCGCCGUCUCCUCAUUCUGCUCCGUCUCCUCCUCUUGCCCCUCCUCCUCCUCCUCCUCCUCCUCGGCGGUGCUGCCCUCAUGCUCGGCCUCGUCGACUCCUACUUCCAAGUGCCCUACGACCCCGGCAACUUCGUCUAUCCUCUUCACAUCGACCUCGUGCGAACGGUCAACCGCGGCCUGCAACAGCACAGCCGACCCGCCGACGUCGUCCGCUCGCCCGACGGCUGGCCGCUGUCGCCGCCGGACGCCAUCACCAAAAACGAUUUCCCACUUCUCCACGACAACCGACAUCGUUGCCGCGACCGGCGUCCGUUGGCGCUGGUGCUCAUCAAGUCGUCUCUCGGCAACCGACGCCAUCGCGAGGUGCUCCGAGCCACUUGGCUGCCCGAGGUAGACCGGUUGUCUGUUUGCUUUUAUGUACCGGCCCGUCUGUGUCGGGAAUGCGUGUUAGUCAGGCCGUUGCCAACCGAAAUGUGGCAUGCGUGUGCCGUUACGAUGGCGCAAUUGUGCAUAAGACGUGA